CUGGAGGCCAAAGACCUUCUUCUUUGAUAUAGACCCUUCAAUAAGGACCAUCAUGAAGUACGUCCUUCUCUGCACUGCUCUUUUUCUGCUUUGCCGUUUUUCCUUCCCGAGCCCCAUCCCUGCAGCACAAAGCACGGAGGAUCUGAAGUCUAUAGAGGUCUAUCUCGACAAGUUCUUCCCAUCCAUUUACAAAUCAGACAGUCGUACGCUAGAAGAACGGAUCAUGGAAAUGCAGAAAUUCUUCCAUUUGACUGUAACUGGAAAGAUGGAUGCUGAAACAGGAAAGGUAAUGAAACAACCCCGGUGUGGAGUCCCAGAUGUGGCACAAUAUCGAGCAAGCCCACAAGUAUGGACCAAGAAAGUGCUGACUUACAGAAUUAAUAAUUAUACACCGGACCUGCCUAAAUCCAGAGUGGAACAAAUCAUAAGACAGGCACUGAAUGUGUGGAGCGAAGUGACGCCAUUGACAUUCCAGAGAACUUACGGACCUGCCGAUAUUGAAAUUAGUUUUGCAUAUGGUGCUCAUGGUGACUACAAUCCUUUUGAUGGAAGAGGGGGAACUUUGGCUCAUGCUUAUUUUCCUGGAAGAGACAUAGGAGGAGAUGCCCACUUUGAUGAGAGUGAGAGGUGGUCAGAAUCCAAUAGAGAAGUCAACCUCUUCCUUGUGGCUGCACAUGAAUUUGGUCAUUCCUUGGGACUGGAACAUUCAAACGUCCGUGGUGCCUUGAUGUUCCCUACUUAUUAUUAUGUGAACCCAAACUCCUUCCGUCUUCCCCUUGAUGAUAAGCAAAGAAUUUGGAGAUUAUACGGAAAGAGAAAAUAAAACCCUUGAAGAGCUCCAUUAUGCAUCUCAAGAAAUGAAGUACAUUGCAUUUGGUACUGGUCAUUGUUGUCUUUGAAAGGUUUUUGUUCCAUGAAGUAAAGUGAUGUGAAUUUAAUUUAAUUUUGAAAUGGCAAAAACAGAAGCAAAAACGCAACUGUCAGAUUAAACUCCCUAUCAUGGCUGUACUGGGCUUGCAGUGGGAUAAGGGUGGGAUUCUGUCACUUUGUUUGCACAUACAUAAACAUAUUAUAGCCUUAGCCUGAAACUCGUCUUCACUUAAGUUUGGCCUUUCCCAGACAGUUUUCUCAUUCAAUUCACGUUGAUAUGUAUGAAAGAGUAUCUUUGCUGUGGGUAAGGACAGUGCUGAGCUGCCUUUUCAUUGCUGAGGAACUAUGAGGACAAAUCUUGGCCCAAAUGCUAAAGUCAGAAGGCAAAAGACGCACACCUCUUUAUGUUUCACCACAUAUUGUCAUCCACUGUUGCUGGAUCUGAGAGUUUCCUCCAUUUAAAGGCAAUUAUAAUGUUAAUACAUUCUUUUAAUACAUUCAAAGUUCUAUUAGGAGAUCAGCACUCCACAGUUGGGUACAUGUUUUAGGCUGAUUUCUCCUAAAGGGGCCGGGAAGGCUGCAUGGUGUUGCUCGAUCUUGUUGGCUCUUGGAAGCUAAGCAGGGUUGGUCCCAAUAAGUACUUAGAUGGAAGACUGCCAAGAAGAUUGGGGUUACUCUGCAGAGUAAGGCACUGGUAAACCACCUCUGUUCCUCAUGUGCCAUGAAAACCCUUUGAAAGAGUUGCCAUAAGUUGGUUCCAACUUGAUUGCACUCAAAUACAUGUUCUGCUAAGGCAAUCCUUAAUGUUUAACUGGACUCUACUUGAUUUCUGUUUUGAUGACCUCAGUUUUGAAGGUUCAUCUGCUGCUCUCUAGUGUGUUAUGACAUUAUCUUCCUUUAUUAUUGUAUGUUUGUGUUUUCAUUUUUAUUGGUUAUCUGUCAGUCAC